AUGGAGAAGCGUAAGAAGCAUAGGAGAUCAGUCAGCGAAAAGGAGGAGCACAAGAAGUGCCCAUCUGUAUGGGUUGUCUUUUCAAGGAUGGUGACCUGCUGUGUACCUCCUCCUCUACUCGUACUUCUUGGCAAGGGUACAAAGGAGGUGCAGCAGGCUUGGCGCGAGAAGGUCGCGCUCGUAUUCAUCAUCUUUAUGCUCUGCUUCACAGUUGGUUUUCUUACUUUUGGCUUCAACGUCGUCCUCUGUGGCAAGGAUCCGAUGCGCAUCCGUCACGGCCAUGUUGGAGAACAAUCAUCUGUUCUUCUUGGUCGCGCUUACCUACUCAAGGACUUUAACCACCCUAUCGUACCCGGCAUGUCACAAGAGACCAGUAAUCUGCUAUCAAAACCGUUCCCUGAUGCUGGAGGGAGGGAUAUGUCGUUCAUGUUCCAGAACAUCAACCGUUCAUGCAAGGACGUACUGGGUGCCAAGCAGCACGAUCAGAAUGGAAAUGUCUGGAACUACUUCCCUUGUGUCAUGACGAAUGAUGGACAAGGCACCAAGCCUACCAGUAAUUUAGGCAGACAGGGAUGUCACGUCAGCCCGCAGUCGCUCAAGGCGCGUCAGGUCAUCAAACAGCUGCGAUUCAUUGGUGAGGUCUAUUUCAGCUGGGAGGACAUCAAAGAAAUGGGUACCAACUAUGUGGUUUAUAACGGACAUGUUCUGGAUCUCAACAGGCUGCACUGGCUGGAGGACAACAUAAUUGUGCCCCCUUCGUUCGGACCUUUCAUGAAUGGUAGCUUUGCAGGAAAGGAUAUCAGCUUGAGUAUGUCCUAUUCUAAGGAACGUACAAUGAUCAGCAAGUGUCUGGUCGAGAUUGUCAAAGUUGGAGUCAUCGACCAGAUGUCGCUGGGUUGCGUGAUUGCGGAUAUCGUCCUAUACGUUUCCCUGAUUGUCAUUUUAGGUGUAGUCUUGCUGAGAUUCUGUUUGGCUGUCAUGUUUGGAUGGGUGUUGAGCUGGAGACUGGGGUCGUUUGACGAAAAGACGUUUGCAGAGAAGCUGAGGCGUCAGGAGCUCAUCGAAGCUUGGGUCGACGGCAACACUUCGCCCUACGUCGACAGCCCAAACUCGGAGACCCAUCGUCGCGCCGAGCGUAUUCGCGCCAAUGUCAUGCCCUCGAGUUCUCGAUUCUCGGUCAGUGAAUCUGGUGCUGCGACGCCCAACGGUUCGCAUGUCUCUGCCGCGACCGAGAUCCCCUUCCCCCUCGGUCUUCCGCCUCCACCAAGUCGCUGGAAUAGUCUUCCUUCGAGUCCCAAGCUAUCGCAAUCCAGUUCUUCACUUGUUGGACCAUCUAUGCCACGUCCAGGUCAAAAGCGCUCCGAAUCGAUGAAGCCCGCCAGUACAUCCCGACUUAGCCGUGCAGGUCUCAACGCCUCAAUUUCCAAAUUCAAAGGCGAGGCUUUGCAGUGCCCAUUAUUGCACACGCUGAUGCUGGUAACCUGUUACUCUGAGGGCAUGGAUGGUCUCCGCGCCACCUGCGACUCUUUGGCGAACACCAGCUACCCUUCGAGCCACAAGCUGCUGCUGAUCAUUGCUGACGGUAUCAUUCGUGGUGAGAAUGAGGACCGCACGACCCCGGAUGUCUGUUUGGACAUGAUGACGGAUUUUAUUGUGCCUCGUGAAGAUGUCGAACCCCACUCUUACAUCGCCAUCGCUGACGGAAGCAAGCGCCAUAACAUGGCCAAGAUCUAUGCUGGCUAUUACAAGUAUGCGGAUGAUUGUGAGAUGCCUAUGGAGGAACGUCAGAAGGUGCCGAUGGUCGUGAUCGUCAAGUGUGGGGCACCCGCGGAAGCCCAUGACAAGAAGCCCGGUAACCGAGGCAAGCGGGACUCGCAGAUCAUCCUGAUGUCGUUCUUGCAGAAGGUUAUGUUUGACGAACGUAUGACACCACUGGAGUAUGAGUUCUUCAAUGCGUUCUGGAAUGUCACUAAGGUGACACCCGAUUUUUACGAGCUCGUGCUGAUGGUCGAUGCGGACACCAAGGUCUAUCCGGAUUCAUUGACGAGGAUGGUUGCUUGCAUGGCCCAAGAUCCGACUGUGAUGGGUCUCUGUGGUGAGACCAAAAUUGCCAACAAGAAAGAGUCUUGGGUCGCCAUGAUUCAAGUCUUUGAGUACUAUAUAUCGCAUCACUUAUCCAAGGCGUUUGAGUCGAUCUUUGGUGGUGUCACUUGUCUCCCCGGAUGCUUUUGCAUGUACCGCAUCAAGGCCCCUAAGGGCCCCAGCCGCCACUGGGUACCCGUCCUGGCUAACCCAGAUAUUGUUGAACACUACUCCGAGAACGUUGUCGAUACUCUUCAUAAGAAGAACCUAUUGCUCCUGGGCGAGGAUCGAUACCUGACCACGCUCAUGCUCCGCACAUUCCCCAAACGCAAGAUGAUGUUUGUUCCACAAGCCGUAUGCAAGACCCAGGUGCCGACAUCCUUUGCCGUCUUGCUUUCUCAACGUCGUCGCUGGAUCAACUCGACAAUCCACAACCUAAUGGAGUUGGUCCUGAUUCGAGACCUCUGUGGCACUUUCUGCUUCUCGAUGCAAUUUGUAAUCUUUAUGGAGCUCGUUGGAACGGUCGUCCUGCCAGCCGCUAUUUCGUUCACCCUGUACCUGAUCAUCGUCUCGUUCCUCAUCACACCCGUGCCCAUCAUCCCACUGAUGCUUCUUGCCGCCAUUCUGGGACUCCCCGCAAUCCUGAUCCUGAUGACGACCCGCAAGAUUGUCUAUGUGGGAUGGAUGUGCAUGUAUCUGCUAUCACUGCCAAUCUGGAACUUUGUGCUGCCGACCUAUGCAUUCUGGCACUUUGAUGACUUUACCUGGGGCCAGACUCGCAAGGUUCAGGGUGAGGAUGACGGCAAGGCUGAGGUCCAUGGCGGUAAAGAGGGAGAGUUUGAUUCGAGCCAGAUUGUCAUGAAGAGAUGGUGUGAAUUUGAGCGCGAGAAACGUAUCAAGCUGGGUUUGACGAACGGUAUCACAGGAUGGUACCAGCCCAUGACUUCAUUGAACCAGGACGCAGCGAGCGUGAACAGCAGUGGAGCUGGAAGAGGCAACGUUAAUGGUGGAGCUGGUAUCGGAAUGUAA